AUGACGGAACCACCAAGCAAUGGGAAGCAUGAUCAAUCAACCACACAGGAAGAAAUUCCGUGCGCAAAGAAUCGGAAACAAUUUGAAGAACCGUUAAAAGGUUUUGUAGAAACCUUAGUGGCUGGUUUAUAUAUAAAUUUAUUUAUGUAUAUGCCAUUUAUAUGCUGGUUCCUAAAUGGUGUAUUUUUGAUUUGUUCCGGUUAUUUAGGCAAAGCUUUAUAUUUAUUAUAUUUUGCCUAUAUUUAUAUGGACCAUAAAAGGAAUUCAUCGUUAACCCGUGGUUUGGGCUACUUGCCGAUGCGCACCAGUCGGAUAGCAGAAUAUUUACGUUCCUAUUUCCCAGUAGAAUUGGUAAAAACUGCAGAAUUGCCACCGAAUAGAAAUUAUGUUAUUGCCACAUUUCCUCAUGGUAUAAUUGGUACCGGUAUCUCCGUCAAUAUGGGCCUGAGUAUUGGAAAAUGGUUGGAGCUAUUUCCCGGUGUUCGUCCUAAGGCUGCCACAUUGGAUAUGUAUUUCUUGACACCAAUAAUGCGUGAAUUGAUACGCGGUUGGAGUUUGGUAACCUGUUCCAAGGAAGGACUGUUGCAACAACUCAACAGGUCUUGCAAUCCUCAUCAUCCACACAAUAUUGAUGGUUAUACCUCAAAUGCUGUGGCAAUACUGGUGGGUGGUGCUCAUGAGGCAUUGGAUUGUCAUCCUGGCCAAUAUAUUUUGACCCUGAAGAAUCGUAAGGGAUUUGUGAAAAUUGCCAUUAAGUCGGGUUCCCCCAUUGUGCCUAGCUUUUCAUUUGGCGAAGUAGACAUUUUGGAUCAAAAGGAUAAUCCACCCGGUUCUAAGUUGAGAAAUUUCCAAAUUGCUGUUAAAAAUAAAUUGGGUAUUGCACCGCUGAUUGUAACCGGUCGUGGCCUUUUGAAAAAUGGUUUUGGUCUAUUGCCACAUCGUAAACGUAUUGUACAAGUUAUCGGUUCACCCAUUGAUGUUGAGAAAAUGGACAACCCAGAUCCCAAAUAUGUCGAUGAAAUCCAUCAAAAGGUAAUGACAAGUCUACAAGAAAUGUUUGAAAAAUACAAAUAUGAAUAUUUGGAAAAUCCCAAAGAUGCUAAAUUAAUUAUUAACUAA